AUGGCCCGUCCAAAGACUGUGCAGACUCCCGGUGGGGCUCCUGGAGGGCCAGUGCGCACAGGUUCAAUGGGAAUGGGGAGACUAGAGAGCUUUUAUGCACCGUGGACCAGAGGACGUCCUCCAGCACGCAGCCUGUGGAAUUUGACUACAUUUCAUCUCAGGAUGGUUUUAAACGACUCUGUCAUCAUUCAUCCUCCAGGUUUUUAUAUAAUCGGCUUUGAGACAUUUCCCCACAUCAGUGUCUACAUGAUCUUUCUAGCAUUUGUUUAUGUGUUUACACUAGUGUUCAAUAUUUUAUUGAUGUACAUCAUUGCCCGUGACCACUGCUUACACACUCCAAAGUUCCUGGCUGUUGUCAACCUCGCAGUAAUUGAUGUCAUCUUAAACACAACCACUAUUCCUAGCAUGAUUAAGACAUUUGUCUUUAAGGACAACUUUGUUCCAUUCAACCUGUGUCUAUUACAAAUGUAUGUCUACUAUUCUUUUUCAUCUCUGGAGUCAUAUGCACUCGCUAUACUUGCCUAUGACAGGUUGAUUGCAAUCUGUUUCCCUCUGCAUCAGAAGUCAAUCAACACAAUGCGGAGCAUGUCUUGUAUCGUCGGCAUGACUUGGGUUUACAGUCUGGGAAGAGUGGCAUAUAGCACGGUGAUCAUGACUCAACUGUCUUUUUGUAAUUCUGUCAGAGUGUUCAGCUACUUCUGUGACUAUGCACCUGUAUUUAGACUUGCCUGUAAUGAUUACACAUUGCAGUGGUCUGUGGCUUCAACGUCUAGUAUGGUGAAUCUGCUGACCCCAUUCACCUUCAUUGUUCUGUCUUAUGCCAGCAUCCUGACGACUGUGUCGAGGAUGAAAUCAGUAAGCAGUAGCAUAAAGGCUUUUUCCACUUGCAUUGAGCACCUAGUCCUUGUUGCUGUAUUUUAUAUUCCUACAUUCAGCAUUUUCUUAGUAGGGCUCUAUGUGCGAUCCAUUGACCCAGACCAGCGUGUGAUGAGUCUGUCACUAGCCUCUUGCAUCCCACCCUGCAUCAAUCCUAUUGUAUAUUCUUGGAAAACCAAAGAGAUAAAAACAAGAGCCCUGUCACUGGUCCAGAGAAUGAAAACACGGCCUUGA